UGUAAUUUUCGGUGGCGUUUAUGCGAUGAAAUUGCCUGGCGUUUUGCGGUGGAAGUACGGUGAAGCGAAUAACUGCAAAUUAUAUGAUUCGCCGGUGCUUGUCCAGUGAUAGUGAGAAAUGUUAUCAGAAGUAAGACAACCGUAACAAUUGCAAGAAAAGUCACCACCACCAUCAUCAGCGCUCAAACAAGCGAAUACGAAUAUAACAAAACCGAGUCAUUUGAAUAUUUAUCAAGAAAUUUGUGUGACAGUGUGUGCGUGUACAGAAGGAAAGAUAGGAGCUAAGCGUACGAGCAGCAAGGUAGGAGUUGUUCUGUGUUUGAUUUAGUGUUCCGACAAAAUAGCGCUGUUGUGUUAACACACUGCAGAAACAAUAGUUCCCGGCGCCUGUGUAUGUGUGUGUGUGAGGGAGUGUCCUGUGGUGGCAGGGGCAUGUUACCCACGAGUGUCGCGUGCAGCAAGUGAAGCGGUGUAUUGCGACCCGCCUUAUGGUGUUUGCGAAUAUUCGCGCCACGGAUGAUGUCGUUGGUGGACGUUUGGAACAGAAACGAAGAAUCUCCAACGAAGAGUGAUUGUAAGAAGCAAACCCACUACACCGGACCGCACCAUAUGCAGCUAGACACGAUGCAGGACAUCAUAUGUGAGGACGACACAGUGAGAUAUGUGCGCUUGAAAAGUGAAGAAAACGGUAGUGCCGGAAAUAACAACAAUAACAGCAUCAGCAACAAUAAUAACAACGGUGUCAACAGUUCAUCGUCCAGUAGCAGCAACGGCAACAAUCUACCGAUGGAUAAAGACGAGAAGCGUAUGCGUCGCGAAAUCGCGAACAGCAACGAACGACGUCGGAUGCAGAGCAUCAAUGCGGGAUUCCAGAGCCUGCGACAAAUGCUACCACACCACGAGGGCGAAAAGUUAAGCAAGGCCGCAAUUUUGCAACAGACCGCCGAAUACAUCUAUUCACUAGAACAAGAAAAGACUCGUUUGCUAUCGCAAAACUGUCAGUUGAAACGGACAAUUGAUCAACAAGAUCACAAUGGAACUCCAGAUCUAUCGCAGAAUGCGACACAAAUUGUAGCGAGCAAUGCGACAAACGGCGGUGCUGUAGUGGUCUCCCAACAGCAACAGCUGGUGGCAAAUGUUGGAACUGGUGGAAGCGGUCAGCCAGGAGCUACGGCAGUGGCAACCGUUGCCAAAAAGCGUAAAAUCGACACCAUCGUUACCGCGCAGCCGGUAUCAGAUUCAUCGGACGAGGGAUUAGGGUCAAUGUCGCCGGAACCGGUGUCGUUACGCGCUGUGAGCGUUACCUCGAACGGAAGUAACUUAUCUAACGCGCAUUCAGGCACGACAAUGAUCUCAAGCCCGUCCACCACCCACGGGAGACAAUGUACGACGGUGAACUUUUCCGCAAAAGACUACUUGGAAUUGAAGCAUCAGCUUGAAGUAGAACGACGGCAGAAAAUGUUGAUUGAGGAUCGAUUGAAAGCACUCGAACGCCAACUCUAUCCCACCAGGAUACAGUAUCAGGAAUCUUCGGAACUGGUUGUACCCGACCUCAGCAACGAACCAUCAUCAGUAUCAUCACUUGCUCCGGAAGAUGUUGCGGUUUCGAUAAUUCAUAAACCGGUCAGUAGCGGUGGAACAGCCAUAGCUGGUAAAAUACCGCGUGUUCCUGCUGAACUGGAAGGCGGUAUGCAAGUGAUCUCCCUAGAUGCUAACAGCCUGGGAAAGAAUCAGCAUGUAGUCGUAUGUUCUGGUGAAUUGAUAGAAGAAGCACUUUCUAUGCAGACGGUGCCGGCAGCACCGAAACAGCUGGUUAUACCGAUGAAGGAGGAAAAAAUGUACAUCAAACGGUCGCGAUCUCGAUCACCAGCAGUAGGAGAAGCGACCGUGGUAACGUUGCCCCCUAAGAAAAAUCGUUACCCUUCUAUCUUAGAGGCGGCCAUCAAAGCUGAACCGAAGGUGGAAGUGGAGCGUAUCGAUUCACCCUCUUCAAUUGUGGUUACUGAUGAUCAGAUGAUAGUGUCAACGACGGGUUCGCACCUGGUCGGAACGGGUGCCAGUUUAGCCACUGUUCAGCAACCGCGGCUCAAUUGUAACUACCGUCACAACCUCGAAACUAUAGUUGAAGCAAUCCGUCAUCUCGAAGGUGAUGCAUUUGAUGCAGUUGUACCAACGCAGCAACAGCAACAGCAACAGCAACAGCAGCAGCAGUCAUUACAUCAACCAGUACAACAACCUCAACCCACUCAACCUCCAACAGUAACAUCCCAAUCGACUAUACAACAGAGACCUAUGCAGGAAGUUCCGCUGGCGUUGACAACAGCGAGUAAACAACAAACUCCGUUAAUGCAGACGAAAACUGAUCGUGAUCAUCGUCAAAUUCAGCUAGAACCGUACCUGAAGUUCCGAACAGCGCCAAAUCCAACCGCAGGUGCUGUACUUCCGUCGGCUAGUGCGUCCAAUUUAGUCGCCGCUGCUGCUCCUAGUGUCGUGACGGUAACGCCCCAGGCGGGCUCGAUCAUUUCCGUAUCAAUUGCACCAACCGGAAGCGGCACGCUGCCGGCCGGUUCCAACUGUCAUUCACCUGCCGCCGCAUCUUCGACAACAACUACGAUCGUGGCCAAUAGUUCCAUCGUGUCGGCGAAUAUGCCGCAGCAGCAGCAGCAGCAGCAUCAUUCGAACACGCUCACAACGGCAGCACAGCUUUUGCAACAGCAGCAGCAAUGCAGGCCUGGUGUAAUAGUGGUGAAGCAAAAUUCAUGAUCCGUUACUACUGCGUCAGCGAUCGUUGGUGGCUGUAGCAAUAAUAGUGGUAGCCAUAGCAGCUCAACCGUUGCCCCGUCCUCAUCUAGUACCAUCGCAUUGUUUUCGGCUACGGCCCCCCAUAAGGGAAGUAACAGUAUCAAGAGCAAAACUACUCCGCUGCUGGUUAGCGUAAGCAGUAAUUUUAGUAAGCUGAGGUAUGGCAGCAGCAGCAUCAGCAGCAGCACCAGUGGAAGCUUUGGUGCCGGCAAAACAACAGUAUCAGCUCCCGGUGGUAGCAGUAGCAGUAAUGGUGGUUCCCCGAAUGUUGUCAUUACAUACCAGAAAACGAUGGAUGGUGCUUGAACGAUUCUCCUAGUGAACAAUAUCCCCGAUUUAUAUGAUUUGUUAAUUAUUUUAUUAGAUGUUAUAUUUUUGGCAUUGCAUUCUUUUUUUUUACAACAUAUUUUGCUCGUCCUUUAGCCACGUGCCGUAAUCUUAAAUCUAUAUCUAGAAGCUCCUACACAUUAGCCAACCUACCAACCUACUUACCCACCAUAUUGUGUAGGGUUUAGCAACAAACAAAGCUGUAUUAUCAUUAGGUGUUAAUUGGUUUGAAAACACAUUAACACACCUGGUUUGCUUUAUACUGGGAUUGGACAGCAUCAUUCUAUACAACUGUUAGACUAAGACAUCCUCAAAAGCAAGACCUAAAGGCAAGAGAAUUUUUUCUUGCUUAUUUAAUUCUAAGUAUACACAGAAUAAUGCAUAUUAUAAGAUUUGAUUUAAGAUUUACUUUAAGAUGAUGAAGCAAAUGGUUAAGGCUGUAAUGCUAUAAACAGCAUACCAUAAGGGAAUAGUACUAGCGGGCGAUAACAUCUUCAUGGAAUGAUAUCAAAAGUAAUGAAUAAGCGAAUAACAAACAAGAGGAAGUGUAGCAUUGUGUACAGCAAACAAAAAGAUAUAUGGGACAUAACAGAUAUUUCAAAUUUCGGUUGAAUGUUGAGGUUGAGACUAACACAGAUAACGCAGAACCUUGGAAAAAUUACAAACAAUUUGACUAAAUCGGAAUAUAUACAUGCGCAGAAAUGAUUUUUCUUUCGCUGGCCAAGCAUGAGAAUACAUACUGCAAAAUGGUUCGUGUGGAAUUGUGUACAAAACAGUCGCAAUCCUAGGCAUAGAAUAGUUCGAUAGGGUUUCAUCUGCAUUUUUUGUGUUUAAGGAACAGAAUAACAGUACCGGGAAUAGUAUAACUUUCAUAAGUCUUUAUAUAAAACGUCUAACUGGAUGAAAGGACACAUUUAAGCGCCAUGACGCAAUAAAACUGGCUUAUGGCGAUGGUAAUACUGUAAUUGAUGGUGAUAUCUAAGAUGGAAAACAAUU